AUUUUUUGUGGUGGCUCGAAUGUUUCUUUCACUCAUUUAAAUUCCUCAUACUUCUCUCACCUUAAGUAGCUUCAAUCUUGUAAUUAUUGUUUCAUAAUUUCAAAUAAAAAUGUCUAGCACAAAGAAGAAUUGGCCAAAACUUCCAUUGGGGAUCAGACUUCUCAUUGCUGCUCAUUCUAUGUCUGUGGAUGCUUUUAGCCGCUACGAUGGCAGCGCAGUAAAUCGACGUCUCAUGAAUCUUUUCGACCCUAAAGCCUCUCCAUCAAGAAAACCUGAUAAUGGCGUUGUGUCUUCCGACAUCGUGGUUGACACCACCCGCAAACUUUGGUUCCGCCUAUACAGCAACACUACCACCGCUGGCAAAAUGUCCAUUCCCAUUAUAGUCUACUUCCAUGGUGGAGGCUUUGCGUAUAUGGCGGCCAAUUCAAUGAACUACGAUGACUUAUGCAAGCGACUUGCGCGUGAAAUUCCUGCUGUAGUUGUUUCCGUCAACUACCGUCUGUCGCCUGAGCACCGAUAUCCGUCACAGUACGAAGAUGGUUUUGACGUUUUAAAGUUCAUUGAUAACCCUGAUUUUGAAGGCUUUUCUGCUUUUGGUAAUACCGAUACCAGUAGCAAGAAGGCUUUUUUUAUUGCCGGAGACAGUGCAGGUGGCAACCUGGCGCAUCAUGUGGCCCUCAAGGCUUGCCAGCAUCAAUUUUCCCUAUUGAAGCUUCAUGGAGUUAUAGCGUUACAACCUUUUUUUGGUGGAGAGGAAAGAACAGAAUCGGAGCUCAAACUUGUUGGGGCUCCAUUAAUCUCUGUGAAGCGCACUGAUUGGAUGUGGAAGGCUUUCUUGCCGCACGGCUACAAUCGGGAUCAUCAUGUUGUUAAUGUAUUUGGCCCAAAUUCUGUUGAUAUCUCAGAUUUACCAUUUCCACCAACCCUUGUUUUUAUAGGUGGUUUUGAUCCUCUACAAGAUUGGCAGAGAAAAUAUGUUGAGGGAUUGAAUAAAUCUGGAAAACAUGUUUACAAGAUUGAGUACCCGAAUGCGUUUCAUGGCUUUUAUGCGUUCCCCCAGCUGCCUGACACAUCCUUGCUAAUGGCUGAGAUCAAGAACUUCGUGCUGAAGCAAUUGGAUCAAUAGCUCUUCUCUUGUUUUUUUCCUGAUAGCCAUCGCAAAAUCUAUGUAUGCUGUACCUGCACUGCUUCAUAAAUGUCUCCUCACAUAGGGUAAAACUAUUAAAGCAAAAUAAGUCUCGAGUUUUCACUAGACGCAUACUGUUAUGGUUUGUAUUUGCACUUCUUGUCCUUGUAUUAACACAACAUUUCAGACAUAUACUAUUAAAGGAAAA